GUGUGUUUUCAUAGUGCUGACCGGACAGCGAGUGAUAAUAAAUAGCUCUUUUACCACACGCCUGCAACAAUUCAGUACAUACAUCGCAACGAUUGCCAUUGUUUAGUUUGUUAGAAGUCGUUUUAGUGAAAAGAUGCAGAAAAUUGUGUUUUUCGGCGGCACCGGUAUGACCGGUCAAUGCGCAGUACGAUACGCACUGCAAAAGGGUUUAACCGUUCGAUUGCUGGUGCGCAGUGAAACGACUGUUCCAAUAGAUUUCAAACAAAAGGUCGAACUCGUAAAGGGUGAUGUAACGAACUUGGAAGACGUGACGAAGGCCAUUGCUGGUCAGGAUUUGGUUUGCGUGGUGCUCGGAACACGCAACGAUCUCAAACCAACCACGGCAAUGUCGGACGGCAUGGCGAACAUUAUCACUGCCAUGAAGGAAGCUUCGCUGAAGAUAUUUUCUGUAUGUCUGUCGUCGUUUCUCUUCAUGGAACCUGAUAAGGUGCCUGCGAUUUUUGUUAACAUCAACGGCGAGCACCGACGUAUGCUUGAGAUGGUGAAAGGCUGCGAUUUGGAGUACCGGGCCGUAUUACCUCCCCACAUUGCCGAUGAACCACAGGCAAAGUUUGCCACCGCAUAUGACAAAUCGCCCGGCCAUUCCAGAUCCAUUUCGAAACUCGACCUUGGCCAAUUCCUUGUAGAUAGUCUGUUCGAUGAAGCGCAUUCGGCAAAGGUUAUCGGCAUUUGCACGAUUAAGUGAUAUACUCGAGAAUCAUCUGGCCGGUUGCUGCUCUUGAAAACCUCUUCAUGGCAUGAAAUAUAAUCCUUCUCACUUGAA